AUGUCCCAGCCACACAAUGGAUACGAGCAGUUGCCAUGGUGGAAGCGGAUUGCGCUUGAUGAUGCGUACCGGCGGCGUAUUAGGAAGCUCGCGACGCAGCGUUACCGGGAGGAGUUGCACCUGCUGCAGGAAUUUCCACGCGAAAUUGCGCCCGCCGCCUGGGAUGACGGCAGACCCAUCCCCCAAUCAUCGCAGCACAUUUGCGUGGAGGAUGGGACGCGUGCGUGGGCCACAAAACACCCAGAGAGUAUAGUGAAGGUGUCGGGCUUCCAAAAACUGCAAACUGCCGCCGUCGCCACCGUUAUUUCAGGCCCCAGAGCGGAAGAAGACGAGGCAUUUAUUCUUGAAGAGGUACGGCGGUUGUACAAUGAAGAGAAGGCGUCGGAGCGUCUUUAUGGGUUGUCUUAUUUCUGGAAUCGUCAACUUCCACCAAACGGUUUUAUUCGUGUGUGGCCCAGCCCUCUAUCUGCCAUGUGGCCCUCUUUACUCAUUUCAGAGCCUUUCACACCCAUGUACAAGACACUUUCCGCCCCAGGGAGUAGUGCCGAGUUGCCACCAGGGAUGAACCCCACGUGUAUGACAGACCCGCUUUGUGUGCAUGUUUUCCGCAGAAAUGGAGAGUACCUUGGGGCUUGGCGUCAAUCUCUAUUUCUUAUUCGUUACAAAAUUAUUUGCUGGGCGUUACAUGAAGAGGAACGUCGGCGCACAUGCGGUGCCGUGGGUCGUCCCGUUCUUGCAUCCGAUAAGGCAUUCCCAGAUGCCGCUACUACGCAAAUGUUAAAAAAUGUUCCGGAAUUUCAGUUGCCUCUUU